CAAUCUUCAGAUUGUGUCGCUCAGAGCCGAACGGUGCAGCGAAUAUGAACGCGCUUCAAUGUGGGUUAGCGAUAGUGGCCCCGAGAUAGGCGGCGACUAUCUUCGCGAAACAGAGGCGCAUACUGCACGCCCAGCGGACGGCCACGACACCGGCAUCUGCAACCGGGUGCCUCCAUGGCCUCGCGCCGCAAAAGUAUGGUCAGCUUCAGCGAGGCGUUCGCCUCGACGGCGACCACCGGAGUGCCUGUCCCUCCGGGCGCCUACUACCGACAUGGCACCGGCGGGAACUUCAUCCAGGACAGCUUCCACAGCUCCACCGACUUUCCCACGUAUAUCGUGUGGCAGACGCUGUCCACCGACCUGUCUGAGCGCAUGCGCCAGGGCUCCGUGCGUCUCAGCCGGACCAACACGCUCGAGUAUGCGCCCAUCACCGAGGAGAACGGCGAGAAGGCGCCGCUGUUAAAUGGACCAGACGAGGCGAGCUUCUCAGAGUCCACCAUCUCCACGCCCGCCAUUCAGCAAGGGGUCGCAUGGACCGUGGCCGCCUUUCUGUUGGUCAACUCUGCUUUGGGGGCAGGAGUGCUCAACUACCCGGCUGCCUACGACCGCGCUGGUGGCAUUCUGGCGGCAACGCUCCUCCAGAUACUCAUGAUCUGCUUGAAUGUGGUGACCAUGCUGAUCCUGGGCUACUGCUCCGACCUGAACGGUGACACCACGUUCCACGACGUGCUACUGACCACGUGCGGCCGGCGAGCCCAGCAAGUGGCGGCCGUCUCGAUCCUGCUGUCGUGCUACGGCAUCAGCAUCACCUUCCUCAUCGUCAUCGGUGACCAGUACGACCGACUGUUCGCAUCGCUGUUUGGGCCCGUCUUCUGCCAUGAGUGGUACCUGAACCGCCAGUUCACCGUAUUUGCGACGGCCGUGCUGUUCAUCAUGCCACUCUGCUACUUCCAGCGUCUGGACUUCCUCAAAUACGCCAGCUCGCUCGGGAUCUUCGUUAUGCUGUACCCUGUUUUCCUGACGAUAUUUAUUUUUACCACGGAAGAGUUGGAGCCAGUAACCAUGAAGACAAAACCGGACAACCUUAUCGACCUUGUCAUUACCCUGCCUGUGAUCUGCUUUGCCUACCAGGCUCACGAGGUGGUGGUCCCCAUCUAUGCGAACAUGCGCGACCGGCGACUGGCGAAUCUGGCCAAGGCCACGAUCCUGACCACCGCCUUCCUGUUCAUCAUUUAUACGCUCAUGGGCACGUUCGGGUACAUGGCCUACGGCUCGGCGGUGAAGCCGGACAUCAUGCAGAUGUUCGAUGCCUCCAACCCUUGGGUCCUCUUCGGCAUCGGCGCCCUCAUUGUCAAGAUGGUCACUACGUACCCACUGCUCACCUUCUGCGGUCGAGGAGCCUUCGACGGCCUGUACGCAGAGCUUACGAAAGUUCCUGCGAAGGAGUUCAUCGAAGGGGAGCCGCGGAGGCGCGUCUUCAUCACCACCGGCUGGUUCUUGACCACCGUUGCGCUCGCCACUUUCACGUCCAACGUCGGCGUUGUGAUCGAGCUGCUCGGCUGCUUGGCAGCUGCCAACAUUUUUAUUUUUCCAGGUCUCUGCCUCCUGGGCGUGUUCCACCAGCAAGAGAAAUUCGGCUUGAAGCGGCCCAUGACCGUGUUCGCCAUCGGCGCCGUCAUGGUGGUCAUCGGCAGUUUCAUCUUCGGUGUGGUCCUGCUCAAUACCAUAAUGCAGGACAUCACCAAGGGCGGCUCGCAUCACUUGCUUUGCACGUGACUGUGUCGGCCCCUUCUCAGUGCCUGUGUACAUUUUGUAUAAAAGUGUGAUGAGUGCGCCAUCUUUUAUACUGUCUUGCGCUUUAAGUAUCUGUAACUUAAGUGCAGCAUGAACAUUGAUUUUACUGCUUGAUCUUAAUUGGCAUUGUUUUCUGAUCGAGUGCGUGUGUUCUCGCGAGAAAUAAAUGCGAUCUGAGUUUGCUUACA